CCUGGGCCCGAGCUGCCGGAGCUCGGCCGGGGCGAUGUGGAGCGCGGGCCGCGGCCGAGCUGCCGGACCGGCGUUUGUAGGGCUGCUGCUGACUCUCUUGGUGCCAGGCAGCGGUGCCGCCAAGACCGGCGCGGGACUCGUGACCUGCGGGUCGGUGCUGAAGCUGUUCAACACGCAGCACAGGGUGCGGCUGCACUCGCACGAUAUCAAAUACGGAUCCGGUGCGCAGAGGCCCGUGAAUGGGGCAUCGUCAGGGGGCGGAGCCCGGGGCUGGGACGGAUCCCGUGGCGGCUCGGAGGGCGGGUGUCCGCGUGGGUCCCCGGUGCGCUGCGGGCAGGCGGUUCGGCUCACCGUGCUCACCGGUAAGAACCUACACACGCACCACUUUCCGUCGCCGCUGUCCAAUAACCAGGAGGUGAGCGCCUUUGGGGAAGACGGUGAGGGUGACGACCUGGACCUGUGGACCGUGCGCUGCUCAGGGCAGCACUGGGAGCGAGAGGCUGCCGUGCGCUUCCAGCACGUGGGCACCUCCGUGUUCCUGUCGGUUACCGGGGAGCAGUAUGGGAGCCCCAUCCGUGGGCAGCACGAAGUGCAUGGUAUGUCCAGUGCCAAUACACACAAUACGUGGAAGGCCAUGGAAGGCAUCUUCAUCAAACCCAGUGUGGAUCCCUCUGCAGGUCACGAUGAACUCUGAGUGCCAUGGAUGGGUGGAUGGAGGGCAGAAGGGUGGGGCAUCUACAGGACCACUCUUGGUGGAGACUUUGGGUUUGUAGGGGUUUUCAAGUGCCUUUGUGAUUAAA